AUGAGAUGCAAAGACGACUCCUCCGACGGAGGAAUCUCUCAUGUGCACCACUUGCGCUACGCCUUGGCAUGCGUCAUGUCUCUCCUCCCCUCCCGAGACUCUCGCUUUCACUUUACAGUGGGAGAAGUUGACUGUCUUCCGAUUGCAUCCAACGAUGGAUCAGAUCUUGUCGCAGCCAAGACGCUCGGAGAAAACCUGUCUUGCGUUUUCUGCAUUCAGUUGCCUGAUAGGCCCGUCACGGCACCAUGUAGGCACAAUUUCUGCCUGAAAUGCGUUGGGAAAUGGACUGUUGGUCAAGGCAAGCCUACUCUGCCCUUGUCUCUGCCAUUCGUCUGGCCGAAGUACAAUGAAAGAGAAGAGAUGAAGGCAGAGAGCGGUCUCAGUCUUGACCGGAGUAGGGGAAUCGGCAAGACUAUCACCAAAUGCAAUAUAUUCCUCGAGAAAGCACAAGCAGCAGCAGCAGCAGCAACAGAAACAUCCACCUCUCAAGCUGCUGCUAAUGGCAACGAGCAUCAACCUAUGGAAGUUGAAGUUGAUGGAGAAAAACAGAAAGCACAAGCAGCAGCAAAAGCAUCCACUGACUUCUUCUUCAUCUCUUUCUAUUGA